AUGGCAGCACUGCCUACAACCAAAGGAAUUUAUGAGAGAGGUAGCUUGGAUGGAAAGAAGAAAGUCAAGUUGGUAAGAUCCCUCCAUGAGAAGAAGGAACGCUUUCUAGCUGACAAUGCCUGUAAAUUGGAACUUCCAGAUGAGUAUAAUAUUUCUGCUACUUCCAAUGUUUAUGAUAUUUCUUUGGUUGAUGCAAGUGGAGAUUUUCGGAUGAAUCAUUUUGAAAAUAUUGGUAGUAGUAGUAGUGGUAGUAGUAGUAGCGGUAGUAGUAGUAGCGGUAGUAGUAGCGGUAGUAGUAGCGGUAGUAGUAGUAGUAGUAGUAGUAGUAGUAGUAGUAGUAGUGGUCGUAGUAGUGGUCGUAGUAGUGGUGGUGGUAGUAGUAGUAGUAGUAGUGGUAGUAGUAGUGGUAGUAGUGGUGGUAGUAGUAGUAUUAGUAGUAGUGGUAGUAGUGGCAGUAGUGGUAGUAGUGGCAGUAGUGGCAGUAGUGGCAGUAGUGGUAGUAGUGGUGGGAGUAGUGGUAGUAGUGGUGGUAGUAGUGGUAGUGGUGGUGGUAGUGGUGGUGGUAGUAGUCGUGGUAGUAGUGGUGGUAGUAGUGGUGGUGGUAGGUCCCCGCUUGUUAUUGUGUUCACAGAGGUCUCUUACCAUGUGAUGAAUCUAAUGAAGUUGCCUAAAGGCGAUAAUAGGAGUGUUGUUCCUGAAAUAUGGCAGAAGAGGUGUUAA